AUGAACGCGGGAAUAAUAGGUAAUGAAAUGGCCGACGAACAAGCCUCAAUAGCCAUCAACAAUAACGAAAACUUUUUAAUAAGCCAAAUGUCAUACGAUGACUCGAAAAAAUGCAUAAAUUACUAUACAAAAAAUAAGCGACAAAGAAUUUGGAACGUUCAAAACACUAAAGUGAAUGAGAUCUGCACAAGAGAUAUCUACUGUUGGUCAAACCCGAAGCUCAACCGAAAAGAAGUUACUGUUCUGAACAGACUUCGCAUUAACUACGUUAACCAUCAAACACGUCUUAAUAGCUGA